AUGGCACCCAUUCACCAACACCCUCAAAUGUCCUAUCUAUUAAAGUUACCAAGUGAAGUGCUGGAAAAGAUCAUUGAUUUAUCGUCCAUGAUAGAAGCGAGAAAAGACGAAGGACACCAGUUCUUGGGUUGGUCAUAUCCAGAGCACAGCUACGUCCAUCUCAAGUCCAUUGCACUCUGCUGCAGACGACUGUAUAUCCUAUGUGCACCAUUUCUAUGGAAAGACAAGGAGUUUAUUCUGCCGCGCGCAGACGAUGAAAAAAGUGCCAAUGCAGCAGUACAGAUGGCAACAGAGAUUCUAUCCAAAAAAGCACUGUUUCAGCAAGAUUACUACCUAGGCGACUAUGUGCGCUCGCUGAGCCGUGAUUUGACCAGUGGGCCCCACUUUGAUCUGCUCAACUCAAGGCUCAUGGCUCAGCUUGUGUGCAACUUGCGUGCUUUACGGAUAGAUUUCCACCCAUUGGCUAGAUCAGAUCAUUAUGGAUUACGCUAUUUCGCUGAAUACUGCCCUCAGCUCAAUGAACUCUACCUAAAUCAAUGCCGUGAUACAUUCAAUGACUUUCUAUCGUUAGUGCAGUACCAGCCACCGUUGAUAUCGCUCACACUGACCAAUUGCACCAUCAAAGAAACAACGCUAGAGAAACUGGCCACCACGCUGAAGCCUACCUUCAUCUUGUUACAGCAAGUCCUGAUAGAACCACCCACAAAACCGAAAACAAACACCCAUUUAAUAGAUACACUGAACCAAGCAAAUUUGCAUCCCUUUCAUUACCAAGAUACCCAAGUAACUGCCAUACCACCGAGAUUACUGCAAUCACUCGCCGCCAACCACCUCUCUCAGCUCGCUCUCACCACAGAUUCCAUCUCAUCAUCGCUACUGGCGCAGAUGGCGCUCUCCUCACCUCAUUUAGAAAAACUGUCUAUACUACUGCAUGAAUUAAACCCCUUCCAUGUGCAACAAGCGCUUGCCAGCGUGUCUCGAUUGACACAUCUAUGUACCUUGUCAUUAGGAUUCAAAAAGUUCUAUCCAGUCACCAAAGAAUGCGAUACACUACCAUGCCACGCACCAUCAGCUACUUGGACCGCCCUGGCAAAACAGCUACCAUCACUGCAGCUACUGUACAUUUCGGCUUCACGGCUAGUUGUGUCGUCUGAUUUCAUCCCCACCCUUAUCAGUACCUGUGGCAAAUCCUUGAAGAAUGCCAUUAUUCACAAUCUGGCACUGACGCAAGAUCCGCACAUGACAUUGGAGAAAGACGAGGAGCUCAUUCGCAAUGUGUAUUUAAAGGAGUGUGCAUCCAUCACCUACGACAUCAACGACUGGAUUGGCAGUAAAAGUGAUUUAUACACGUUUGAAGAAGCCAAGAAGAAGGGGUUUGACUGGUUUAGUGAUGCAGAUCAGGUUUGCUACAUAAAAGGCUUUGAUUCUGCUGGAUAA